AUGGAUCUCCACGAGAAGAACGCCGCUGAUUCAAGAGAUGAGGAAUUCGAGAGAGUUGCUGCUGGUUGGCCUUCUUGGCUUAGUGUUGUUGCUCGUGAAGCUAUUUAUGGUUGGAUUCCUCUUCGUGCUGAAAGUUUCGAGAAAUUGGAAAAGAUUGGACAAGGUACAUAUAACAGUGUUUUCCAAGCACGAGAGCUUGCAACUGGGAGGAUGCUUGCCUUAAAGAAAGUUCGGUUCGAUAACUUUGAGCCAGAAAGUGUGAGAUUUAUGUCGCGGGAAAUAAUGAUUCUCCGCAAACUGGAGGGACUAAUUACUUCUAGACUGUCAACUAGUGUAUAUCUUGUUUUCGAGUACACGGAACAUGAUAUUGUUGGUUUAUCAUCUUGUCCUGACAUCAAGUUCAGUGAAUCACAGGUUAAAUGCUAUAUGCAUCAACUACUAUCUGGCCUUGAACACUAUCAUUCAAGAGGUAUAAUGCACAAAUAUAUCAAGGGAUCCAACCUUCUUGUUAGUGAUGAUGGAGUUCUGAAGAUAGCUAAUUUUGGCCUGGAAAAUUUUGUUAGUGUCGGGCACAUUCAACCAUUAACUAGUCGAGUUGUUACUUUAUGGUAUCGGCCUCCUGAAAUUUUGCUUGGAUCCACCAGUUAUGGGCAAUCUGUUGAUCUAUGGAGUGUUGGAAGUGGUUUUAGGUUGAUCUCGGAAGCCGAGGAAGGACAAAAUUUUCUGGAGAAGGCAGUAAAGAAGUGCAGCAGAAGUUACAGAGAAGGAAUGAAGCUGGUGAUAUGUUGUUGCUCUAAAGAAUGUGCAAGAAGUCUAGCUGAAUUUGCAGAGAAGCUUAUGCUGCCAGAGUAUAAGGAGAAACGAGGGUUUCCGCUACAGAUUAGUGAAAUUCAGUGA